AUGUAAUUGAUAUUUCUAUUCUUCUUGAUUCAAUGGAUUAAAUGUUGGAAUGUUAUAACUUCAAAAAAAAUCAUUGAGUCAAUUAAGAAUGACUCAUUGAUUUUAGAGGAGGAUUAUUUGAUUGUGGCAAAUGGAAGCUAUUCAAUAAAAUAUGAGGGAGUGAAGGGGUAUAGGAGAUUACAUAUUAUGUUUGAUGCAAAAUCAAAUUUUAGUUAAGUAGAGAUACUAAUUAAGGUUAAUGGUAUUAAGAGAAAUUUUCUGGUUGUAGAAAAAGAUUUUACGGAAUACCAUAUAGAAUUUGAGCAUUAGGCCCCCAAUAUAAUAAUACAGUUCAUUCUUAGUGAUUAAAUAUAAUUUUCAAUAAGGAACUUUAACUUAUUUAUUGAUGAAUGUCCAUAGAAUUGCAAAUAUUGUUUAUCUGGAUUUUGUGAACUUUAGAUAUUAGAUUAAUGUGAAAAAUUAAGAUUUAAAGAUUUAUGCGUUGAUGAAUGCCCUAAAGGAUAUAUAGCUGAGUUUAGAGAAUGCAUAAAGACAAGUUUAAAUUAACUGGGUUUAAAUUAAAAGUCUGUAAAAAAUGAUUUUGGAUUAACUAAGAAAUUUGGAGAAAAUUAAGAAUUACUAAUUGAUUUUUAAUAAAAUUUUGAAGGAUAUUUGGAAAUAUUGUUUAAUUGUUAUGGCAAAUAGGAGGAACACUAUAAUUCGAUUUUAAAGAUUUCAAAAGAAAAUGAUCAACCUGAAACUAUUCAUCCUUUUCUCCCUAUGUAUUAUAACACUUAAUCAUAUAAAUAUUGUAAGCCAAGGUUCGAAUUAGAUUGCAUUUAGGUGAAGGGUUACUUUAAGAUGGAAUUUUAAGAACAAAACAACAUUACUAUUUAUAGUUAUUCAAAAAGUGUUGAGAAUCCUGGAUAUUGGAUUAUUGAAGAGAUUAAACUAUAUGAUAAAGAAAUAAAAUCUUAUGAUUGUCCAAUCUACGAAUGUGUAUAGUGUUCAUUUAACAAAGUAUGUAGUAAAUGCAAUCAAAAUUUGUAUUUAUAUGAAAAUUAAUGCAUAAAAUAAUGUCCUUAUUAUACAAUAUAAAAAGAUACUUAAUGCAUCACUAUUGAUGAAGAAUAACAAUAUGUUAGUUUUCUUGUAAAAUUAGUAUCUCCAUUUCAGAAAUUUUAAGAAAUUUUUGGCCAAAAAACUUUUGACAUGAAGGAAUUGAUUAGUUUUAGAUAUGAAAAUCGGACUACUUUUAUUGGAGGAGGCUUGAAAGACAGUUGGCGACGGACUACUUUCACAAAAUAAUUAAAUCUUGGAAAACAUUACUAAAUUAGAUUGAUGUUUAACAUAUCAAUUGAGAAUUCUACUUCAGAUUCAGAUUGCUUCACUUACACAAUAGAUGGCAAAACAUUUUUAGUGCAUAAGAAUGUAUCUUACGUUGAUCGUACACUUUAUCAUAAUAAGAAUAUCCUUAAUAUGAAUUUAGGAUGUAAAAUCUCGAGUAAUGGUAGAUGUGUAAUUUCUAAUUAUUAUUUUAUGACUAUGAAAUGUUCUCCACUUUGUCUCUAAUGUGUGGGCUCACUAGCAUAAGAUUGUAGAGCAUUUCAAAAAGAUAUAGAAAGAUUUGAUUAUUCAAAAUUAAAAUGCAUAGAUGGUUACUACUUAGAUGAGAAUGGAUGUCAAAAAUGUUCUUUUGGUUGCUUAACUUGUGAAUCUUACAACUAGUGUUUAAAAUGCAAAGAUGAUAAGGAUGGACAGUUUUAUUGUUCACCUUACAACUGA